AUGAAAAUGAAAAGCAUUUAUUUUGUGGCUGGAUUGCUUUUAAUGAUCAUUCAAGGCAGCUGGCAAAAUCCUCUUCAAGACACAGAAGAGAAAUCCAGAUCAUUCAAAGCUUCCCAGACUGAACCAUUAGAUGAAUCUAGACAGCUGAAUGAAGUAAAACGUCAUUCACAAGGCACAUUCACCAGUGAUUACAGCAAGUACUUGGACACUAGACGAGCUCAGGAUUUUGUACAAUGGUUAAUGAGCACUAAAAGAAGUGGCAAUGGACUCUCGAGGCGUCAUGCUGAAUUUGAGAGGCAUGCCGAGGGCACCUACACCAGUGACAUCACCUCUUAUUUGGAAGGUCAAGCUGCCAAAGAGUUCAUUGCUUGGUUAGUGAACGGACGAGGAAGAAGAGAUUUCUCAGAAGAAGCUAAUGCAGUUGAAGAACUGGAUAGAAGACAUGCAGAUGGCACUUUUACCAGUGAUAUCAACAAAAUCCUCGAUGAGAUGACUGCCAAAGACUUCUUAAAAUGGCUGAUUAACACAAAAGUUACCCAGAGGGACCUUUUGGGGGAAUACCAGUGAAAGUACAAAAUUAAUAUGGGAUAAGUCAAGAUCUUCUUCACUGCAUCAGCUGCUGGUCACCAGGGAAUUUGGAAAUUUGUGUUCUAUAUAUUAUAUUUAUAAGCCAUAUUGCUUUGCAUGUCAAGAAAUGAAUUUUACUAUAGUGUAGCGCUGCCAAAGGAUUAUAUAUGAAAAAGUUGUUGUCAAAAGGACACACAGAGUAACAGCUUUAAGAAUACUAAAAUGUCUCAUCUUCAUUUUUUUCAAU